AUGGGAAAGCUGGUAAGAACUUCUACACCCCUUCUCUUCCAAUCCAAACUCCUCUGUUCUUCUCUUACCUAUCUUUUCCUCUCUCUCUUCCUCGCUUUCUACACCUCUCUCUCAUCCACCAAAUGUCGAUUCCGUUCUUCUCCUUUCGAUCCAAUCCAAUCCCCUCUCUUCAUUUACCCCCAAUCUUACGCUCACCACAAGCACCCCAUUCCCGCCAUUCAAUCCUCCUGCGAUUCCCCUGUUUUCUUCUCAGAUUAUGGGUUUGUUUUGGAUGAAAUCCGACGGAUUACGGAGUAUUCUUCGUGGGAUAAUUUGAAGGUUUUGAGGUAUAUCAAAGAGAAUGGGAAUGGUGGAAGUUUUGGUAUGAAUUACAGUAUUCAGAAAAGAAUGUCGUAUUUCGAUUAUCGAGAUGGUGGAAUUGAAAUCCCUUGUGGGUUUUUUAAGAAAUUCCCCAUUUCUGAUUCUGACAGGAUUGCGAUGGAAAGUUGCACCGGUUUGGUGGUUGUUUCGGCUAUAUUCGGAGACCAUGAUAAAAUCCGUCAACCGAAAGGGCUUGGAUUUCGAACCCUAGACCAUGCGUGUUUCUACAUGUUUGUUGACGAAAUCACUCUCAAACAAUUCCGCUAUCACAACUUACUCUCUAGAAAAACGAAGGAAAUGAGGAUUGGAGUUUGGAGGAUCGUAAAAGUUUUGAGUGGAGAAUUGUACGAAAAUCCGGCUAUGAAUGGCGUAAUCCCGAAAUACCUGGUUCAUAGGAUGUUUCCCAAUUCGAAAUAUAGCAUUUGGGUAGAUGCAAAGAUACAAUUGACAGUCGAUCCGUUACUACUGCUUUAUUCCCUUGUAAUAAAGGAAGAUGUGGAUAUGGCUAUAUCUAAACACCCAUUUUAUGUUCAUACGAUGGAAGAAGCGAUGGCGACUGCAAGAUGGAAAAAAUGGUGGGAUGUCGAUUCGUUGAGGAUACAAAUCGAGACGUAUUGUGAAAACGGGUUACAACCUUGGUCGUCAAACAAACACCCUUACCCUUCAGAUGUUCCGGAUAGUGCAAUAAUCUUGAGGAAGCAUGGGGUGGCCAGCAAUUUGUUUUCAUGUCUUUUGUUCAAUGAAUUAGAAGCAUUUAACCCAAGAGACCAAUUGGCCUUUGCAUUUGUGAGGGACCAAAUGAACCCAAGCACGAAGCUCAAUAUGUUUGAUGUCCAAGUAUUCGAACAUGUCGCAUCGGAGUAUAGACACAACAUUAAACAAGGUGGGUUUGAUCGGACCCAACCAGCUAGAACCAAGCGUGCUAGCCCUGAUUUGUCAGCUAAUGGCGUUGGUCGUACCAAAUGCGAAAGAUACUUGGCGGAAAUGUGGGGUGAAUCAGAAGAAUGACGUUUAAUUAGUCGAUGGAUGGUGGCAGGAGGUCGUGGCUAGCGGGGUAUAAUUGGUUGCUAGUUUUUGGUUAAAAUGUGUAUAAUUUUUGCUAGUUUCAACGGCCUUUGGUUGGAUCGACAUUGUAUCUUUCUUAUAUAGAGGAAAUUGUCUUCGGGAUA